AGUGUCGAGGCGCGCUGGAGGCGCACGGAGCGGACCGGUAAACCGACACCUGCCCGCCACAUUCUCCCCCUCCUCCCUCCGGUCUGCCGGAGCUCGUAAAUAGAAAUAAUUUCUCCGGUUUUCUCCGGUAAUGAAGAAUAAACACAGCCAACAGGUGAAGUCAGCGGCGGCUCCGGACCGACUGGACAUGCCGGGCUUCGAGGUGACUCUGCAACAACUCAACGACCUGCUGACCGACGACCGCGGCUUCUACAGCUGGCCCACCAAACACUUCCACGAGGUUUACCCGCGGAUCUACGUCGGAAACGCGUUUGUGGCGAUGAACGUGAUGCGUCUCAAGCGUCAGGGAAUCACCCACAUCCUGAACGCCGCGGAGGGAAACUCCUUCAUGCACGUUAACACCAACGCCGAGUUCUACGCCGGCACGGGCAUCGUCUACCACGGCGUCCCCGCCAGCGACACCGACCACUUCGACAUCAGCGUGUUCUUUGAAGAGGCUGCAGACUUCAUCGAGAAGUCGCUGGCAUACAAAAAUGGAAAAGGUAAAGUGUAUGUUCACUGCAGGGAGGGCUACAGCCGCUCGCCUACCUUAGUCAUCGCCUACCUGAUGCUUCGCCAAAACAUGGACGUCCACUCCGCGCUGGCCACCGUGCGUCAGAAGCGAGAGAUCGGCCCCAACGACGGCUUCCUUCGGCAGCUGUGUCGGCUGAACCAGAGGCUGGCUGCCGAGGGAAACUUCUGGAGCAAAUGAGGCACACAGACUGCGAGAGAACAAAAGUAAUUGCACAUCACUUUCUUUCACUUGUUCUACAGCUUUAAUGAGCCGCAGAUCUGUGAAGCGAGAGGAGCGGAGAAUGAGAGAAACCACAGACUGACAGCUCAGAGGCAAAAUGAUACAUGUUAGACACAAUCCUUUGACACGUACGUGCGGUAAUUGUGCUCAAACACUGGUGAUACGUGUGCUGAUCGUAUAACGUGUAAAUCCAGGUGCACUGUAUUCACUAUAUUCUGAAUAUUUAUCAGGUCAAAGUGACAUUGAAUUGUCUUGUAUAGUUUGGUGUGUUUUCCUGCUGCUCUCUAUUCCAGACAUCAAUAUCAGCCUAUAAAGGGAUUUAAAUUCACUCACAGUGGGAAUAGAUGGUGUAACAGAUACGACACUGUCACCGUCUUCUCUCCCCCGUCUCCACCUCUCCUCCUCCCUCCUGGCUGCGUGCCCUUUUUGUCCUCACUCGUGCAAACACUGCCAAAUCUCCGUCCCAGCAGCUCCCUGCAGGGGAAUCAAGAGGACACUGUGAUGUUUCAUUUUGAAUCAGAUUUUACAGUAAUAGAGGAUGUAAUAUCUAAAAAAAGGUUUUAAUAUGCUUUAGAAAACUGCACAUCUUUGACCUGCAUUGCACUCAGAAGCCUCUGAAGUCCGCCUCAGUGAGAAAUUCGUCCGGUGUCUUGUUGGUGCUUUUUAGGAAUUCUUGACACUAUUUCAUGCUGUAAGAUUAUUACACUUUUAAUUGUAAAAUAAAGCUGCUCUGGUGUUAUUUGAACAGCUAAAACAAAAAGGCAUAGUUUGUCAUUUUUGGAAAUAUACAAUCUAUUGGCCUAAAAAGAGCAAUCCCUUCCAGGUAGCAACUGAUUUAAAUUGCAGAGAUAUUUGACUUUGGUAAACUUGUUUAUCUCUGUUUUCUUUUUCAGCCUUAAAUGCGAUUUUUAAAGAUAAAUAGGUCCAACCUAUUUUAAAAUUUUGUGUCUUUAAUAAACUAAAUCUAAAGUUAAUGUAAACACGUACGUAAAGGUAUGUUUGGCUGCAGAUGGGUGCUGCAGCAAGACAUAUUUUAGCCACCUAAAAAAAUUAAUAUCAGUUUAAGUGUGCACUAUAUUUGGAAAAAAAACAUAUAAAAGUUAUGUUCACAUGUGGGAGGUUGGCCAUGACUAUAUAUUUAAUGCAAACGAGAAGCCUAUUUGAAUACUUAAGUUCUCUAGUACCUGCGCCUUUCCCUGCUAAAUACAACGUUAAACUGCUAUUGAUUUUUGUAAAUUGGCUUUUUUUGGAGGUCAAAAAUAAACCAGUUGUUGCACUGUUUGCGCAGUGCUGUUACGUUUUUUUGUACGUGAAGCAGGGGUUUUCUACUGUAAACACACAUUGUGCGGUAACGCUAGCAGCAGGUUAGCCUAGAUUAGCACAAAGAGAAACAACUAGCCUGGCUGCGUCCAAAACUGAAAUCUACCAAUCAGCAUCCGAAAACUACAAAUUAACAUAAUUAUCCGUUUAAAUGUCCUAAAAUUGAAAUGUGCCGAACUAGGCUAACUGAUUCAAGUCUUAGUGCUAAGCUAAGCUAACUGUGUGCUGGCUGCAGAUUCAUAUUUUUUGUACAGACGUGAGGUUUUAAUCUCGUGUAACUCAGCAAAAAAGUUAAUUGUGUCUCAAAAAUCCUUUAUUGUCAACUUAAGGGUACGAUGUGUCUCAUCUCUGCAUCAAGCGACUAAAUCCUCUGAUUGUAAUCAAACACUGCCAGAAUGUGUUAUUUGAGAACUUCUCAGUCAACACUUUUUGCACAUUAUUGUGUUUACAUGUGUGUGUGUUUGAAUUUUAUAUUUUACAGAUGCAUGCUUUGUGAUUUACGUGUGAGCCAAAAUGUUGUUUAUACUCCUUUGUUAGCACAGUGAUGUAUAUGUGUAUUUAUGGAGUGGUGGUGUGUGUUGUUAUGUGUCGCACUGUGCAUCAUUACGCCUGUAACGUGUGAAUCAUCGUGUGCAGUACUGAGUAGGACGUGAUGUCGUAGGCUUUCAUCGAGUCUCACCGUUAAACUGCUUAUAUGAAGUGCACUUUAUCUAAUGACACUGGUGAUUGUUGUCGCUCUUUUUUCAUACAUUGAAUAAUAAACUGAA